CGAAUUUAGUAGCAUCGCGACUUCUACGGCAGCAAGAUCACCACCGAUUUUGACAACGACCACAGUGACGGAAGCAACAGCUGUGGCCCAUAACAUGUAUGGCUUUGAUGAGCCGGUUUCGGGCACAUAGUUUCCAUCAUUUACAUAAGCAGUGCGCGUUAUAAUAUUUAGGCGACUGUGAAUCAUCUUGUUAUUGUGCAACUGUGCGAAGUGUAUUGCAAGUUUCUCCACAUUAUAGUAAAUUGUUGCAAAUAUGUGGAACAAAUUGUUUAAGAGCAAGUCAAAAUCAUCAAAGAACCUGUCCAAUCGUUCAUGUUCCUCUGGAUUGGAAACCUCGUCACCAAAACCUGGCCCAUCGAAAUCUACAUCCAAUGGGCUAAAUCUGGUAUCCCAGUACGAACAGUAUGGCAGCAGCUUUGAAGACAUGCCAGAACCCGUACGCAUGCGAAUGCGCCCUGAUACACACGAUUCAAAUGUUCUGGAUUUAGCCAGUGCAACGAAUCAUCGAGAUUCUAUCGGCGUUGAAAUGUGCGGCAUACCGAUGCGUCGGUCGAAGCUGUCUAGUGCAUUUAAAAGCCUAAGUCUGAAGCGAAAUGCUUCGAAAAGUCGUCUCAAAUUAGUCACCAGCCCCGAGGAGAUUUCAUCAGUGCCCGGUUCUGAUGGUUGCCCCGAAGGACCACCGAAGAAGGAUCUUAACGACUACGAAAUCCUAAGUGCCAGUAAACGGGCAUCGCUGAGACCGUGCAAGUCAGAUAAUAAUCUCAACGAAAAACAACUAUACACGGAAGCCGAAAAGGAAGAGCCUGUCUACAUUGAAGAAUGCAAGUCAUACGAAACAUUUGACCCGUCGUACGAACCACCACCGAACCUUGAACUGCAGCCAUGUCCCAUCUGUUUGAGAAAGUUUGCACCGGCGUCGUUAUCCAAACAUACCGGUAUUUGUGAGCGAGUUCAAACGAAAAAACGAAAACCGUUCGAUUCCUCUCGCCAGCGACGGGAAGGGACCGAGCUUGCGUCUUAUCUGCCGAAGAAUUUUGGACUCCCUCAAAAGACGGUAAGCUCCUCAAAUGAGGCCAUACCCGUCAGGAAGCUAAGCCUCAGCAAAACACCUACUUUUGAGCGCAAAGAGUUCAGCCCCACAACGAUGUCUACAUCAAUGCCUAGCGCGAGUACACCAAAGCCGGCUUUAAAGCGUAGCAUGUCACAGCAGAACGAACCAUGUCCAUACUGCGAGCGAUGCUUUGGCAUGAAAGCAUACGAUCGACAUGUCGAAUGGUGCCGUGAGAAGGCAAUACUCAAUCGAAACGUUAACAACAACCAAAGCAUUUCGGCAGCAAAGGAAAGACUUCAAGCAAGAAUUCAAUAUAAAGCCCCGCAAAUACGAUCAAAACGUGCCUUAAACCGGGAAAAAUAUUCAGGAAGCUUGAGUUGCAGUGGUUCAACAAACAGCCUUGCCGAGUUAGAUCUACACAUGCCACGCCACAAUUCGAUGAGUUCAUCCGUCUCGAGCGAUAAUAGAAAGUUCCAUCUAUCACCACAUUCAUUGCAGCAUAGCUCCUUGGGCAUCGGUGUGAGCAUCACCAAGAACCCUAAGAACACUAAACGAGAAGACGCCGACAAGGCUACGAAAAGAACCAAGACAUUUACUCUUAGUAGUGAACGACUACUGCCUAACGAUACUACGAACAAUAACACCAGCAUCCACAAUAAAAACAAUACUUAUUGUAAUCACAGCAACAACAACAUCAACAACAACAACAAGAACAACAACAUCAGUAACAACAAUAACAAUAACCUUAACAACCGAAAUGAACCCGGUUGCCGUACUCAACUAAAAAACCUACUCAACCGUUCCGCGCAAGAGAACAACGGGCUGGCAAACAAACAGCAUACAUUUCGGACAGCUGAGCGAAAAGUUGAGAAGUUCGAAAUCAUUGGUCACAACCAUAGCGAGCGAAUUGCCCAUCGGCCGAUCAUCACGCAAACCGUACGGUGUACGAGCAACAGUGGAUACAGCCCUGACCGUUACGAUCCAUUCCUGUCUGCCAGACGACAGCUCGAGGAAUUAUUUUCCCCUGCCACUUCUUUGAUCCAUACCAGUUCUCCAAGCAGUACUACCAGCACGUCACGUCUCAAUCAAAUGAGCCCGAACGGUGGUACUGCAAACGACAAAUCUGCGAGUGGUAACGCAACGAAACAUACGCCCCACAACUCGAACUUCCGGCGUGCGUACUCCCUACGAAUGCCGCGCAAAGUAUCUCGCCCAAUGUAUGUGGAGAAAGCUAAAUCAAACAUACAGAAGGGCAUAACCGAUGACGGCCCGGUGUCACCGAAUUUUCUGAAAUCCUCCGAGUAUGACGAACUGCCGAUCAAAUCGACGUUUAACGCACUGCAGAUGGCGGAGCCGAAACCGAAACUGCGUGAUUCCAGCACAGUUCGAAAAAAUCUCAAGCUGGAGAUUAAGGAUCCGAACAAUCCGGCUGGCGGGGAGAUACCGCUGUCGAAAACAGACUCAUUAGCCGUGUUUCUGAAGUACGAAAACGAGCUAGCAUUAAGUGAAAAGGACAUGAAGGAUAAAAGUAAUAGUCUCAGUAAGCGGACAUCAUCACUCAGUGCCGAGGUAAAUCAGCAAAAGAAACAGGAGGUUUUGAGCGUAGGUCCUAGUCCAGUGAAAGCUAACGAAACAAUUACAGUCGACGAAGAGCAGCAAAAACACAAGAAAAAUGUCCAAGCGAUCGAGGAUGAAACAGCGAAAAAGCAAACACAAAAGCUAGUUCCAAUAAAACUGGAACCGAUCAACAUUACCUACAACAGUAACAAUGCAAGUGAAGCCACUGAUAUUAAGCCAGUGGUCAUAUCACUAGAUGCAAUUAUUGGAAAGCCUAGUAUUAAAAAACAGAAAGAACCACAGGUGGACAGUGACAAUCGUGCUGAUAACAGCUAUAUCGAUCCAAAGCUUAUAAACAAAUGUGAUAAUUUACCGAUAAAUCUUGUCAUGCCUUCUACAAAAGAUGCUGAUGGUAGUUGCAGCAGUAGGAAUAGCAACACCAUUGGCAACAUUUGUUCGGAUGGAAACCAGCUCGCUUUAAAAACUAUCGAGCCGAAAGUGGAACGAUCUGCUGUAAUAUCGCCACCUCCCAGGGCCUCGCUCAGUGUGGCUCCAAAACCACCAGAACGAACGCGAAACGAAACUUGUUUCGAUUAUCGAAAAAGCAACAACGAACCUAGCAGCAGCGAACCUAGCACAAGCAAUAACAGUAGUCCCACAACGAGUCAUUCCUCCAGCCCAGUGGAUCAUAGGAUAAGCAAGAAUAGUACAAACUGUGACAAACGGCCGCAGCUCAGUCGACAAGAUCGAGAAGAUUCGGGAUACCGCACAGGACAAGAGUCUGGGCAGUCGGAUGUGCAUGAGCAACCCAAGAAGCCUUCCCCAUCGCCGUCAGCAUCCAAGAACAAUGAGGAUAACGUGCCCAAAAAUCCCGCGUUCAAACCGACGUACAAUCUAAACCGGUUGAGAUCCCCAUCGUCAGCUUUGAAUAAUUUUAGCAACACACUACCAUCGUCAAACAGCACAGCGCCGUCCACCCCUGUUAACCGUGACCGUCCAACGAUAUCUUCGGCACUCGAGCAUUUCGAUGUUGACGAAUUCAUGCAAUCGCUGGAAGAUUUGCAUCGACAAUCACCAAUCAGUGCGAGGGAGUACAAACAUUCGUUGUUUGUCCAUUCCAACAGCUCCGUCACCAGUCGAAGUGUAGCCUCCAGUCAAUCCGAUCAUACUAAUAAUAACAAGCGAAGCAACAGUCUCGACAGUGGACAUGGUAAUUCGGUCGCCAACUCGAUCCGCUACGUACGCAAACACGAAAGUAGUGGCGUGCCAAGAAUGGAUGUGUGUGUGCGGAAUGGUAGUGGCACAGCCAGUAAUAAUAACAGUAGCAAUAGUAGUAGUAGCUUUAGUAGUCCUAGCCAUUACAGUAAUAGUAACAACAGUAACUCUUACUACAACAGCAGUUCGACUAAUAACAACAAUUCACAUAAUCACAGCACCAGUGCUAGCAAUGCCAAUGAUGCUGCAAAGUGCGCUGAAGUUGUUCAUCCGCUGGGCCAGCAAAUGAAUUACGCUCGAAACUCUCCAGCCAUCGCCCAUCGGCGGAGAAGCGAGGAUGCAGCGGGCAUAUCGCUUCCUGCUGUACCGCUAUUGCCUAGUAGUAACACCGGUGGAAGCGGUGCCUUAUCCAGCUUGCAGAACUUACCAAACAUUCAUAAAGCAACAGCGGCGGAUACAUUGCUUAAUGGAAAUAAUAAGACUAUGCAACAACCCGGAACGCUUCCUUACUACUCAUCGCCGAGUCCAGUCAACGGUAGGAAGAACAGCUACAGUAACAAAUCAUAUCACGCUAAUAAUACCGGUACGUCCGCAUCGACUCCGGCAUCAUCUCACCUAACCGGAAACGUACACGAACCGCGCUAUCCAGCGGAAUCGUUCGAUCAUCUUGAGCGCGAUCUGCUGAAAAGCGUGCAAGAACUAAAUCGCAUGUGCGGCUCCUCGUCCUCGGUAUGUUCGAUCGAUUCCGAGGAGUUGUACAGCGUGGAAGACUACCCGCUUAACAAACGAUCGUCUGAACGAUCGCAAGUCAGUGCUGAUUCAGCCUAUCGCAGCAGUCUAUCUACGCAGUCACCACCAGACUACGCACCCCCUGUGCCUAUACGCCAAGCACGGCCGAAUUCUCGCAGCUCAACUACCAGUCAGAGCCAACCGGCGCAGUCAACGAACGAACCGUUCAAUAGCCUUUCGUUACACACAGCCCUUCCACCGAUCACGUCCGCUAUUAUCAAGGGCCACAGAAUGGAGGCCCAUCUCAUGAAAGAUAGUCCAGAGGGGGGCCCGAAUCUGAUCAUGAAUCCAAUGUCCAAAUUUUGCCAUGAAUGUGGCGCACGCUUCAUGAUUAGUAGCGCUAAGUUUUGCAUGUCGUGCGGCGUACGACGAAUUAUGCUGGAUUAGAUUAAAAUAUCAUUUCUUAUAUGUAAUACACGACAUUUUUAUUUAAGAUUCUGUUAAAAUCAACCAUCUACUCGAGUCUCGCUAACAGAUUAAAAGUUGUACUGACAAGGAUUGUUUAUGUUACCACACCAAAUUAUUAGAUAAUCCAUUUAAAAUUACUCAAAUAUAUGCAAACAAUAAAACAGAUACGUUGUAAUUGAACUUUUUAAAGCACCGCAUAUUAACAAAGACUGAACACUGUUCUACCGAUAUUAAGUAGACCACCUGCUAAUGAGAACGCUAUGUUGAUACAAUUAUCUGUUUCCGCAUUUACUACCACUCUUCAUGAUUUAGCAUUGUUAAGUGAAGAAAUGUAAUACACUCACACUUAAAACAAAUUUAACAUUCACCAUAAAUCACCAAGAUAUUAGACAUUAUAAUUAACAAUGCAAUUAAGUUUUAAACUCUGUAUUUUUGUUUUUAUAAUUUAAUAAUUCACUUGCUAAUGAUAAUACAUGGAUUGGAAAUCGUGCAUUAAACAAACCCGACAACUAAAGUGAACCUAAUUGUUGAUUAUACGUGCUACAAUGGUAUUAAAUGAUAUAUUAAAUGAUACAAUCAUACAAUUGAAAAAAACUAUCUUCCUAAAUUAUUUAAACCAUUUUAGAUCAGCUUUUUAAUAACUUCAAAUCUAAUACAUACCAAUAUAAUUCCUUGCAAUCUUUCAUGUCCUGUUGUUUUUUUUCUCUACAAUACUAAGCACGGAUGAUCGUCAAUUACAUCACGGUGAAAUCGAAACAUUUGAGAAUAUAUUGCUGUGAGGAACACUACAAAUUUCACUUCACAUUUCUGCUGAAGUGAUGGUAAUAAACUACUUUUACAAAUACAAAGUCGUUUGAAUAGAUCAUGAUUCAUGAAACUAAUAAUGCUUUCAGCGUGUUACAGUACGGUGGGAAUUGAUGUGGAAUCAACAGAAAAACUAUUUCUAGACCUUUGUUGUUAAUGACUAAUCAAAGUGAGAUAACUAUACAAGACAAAUACUGUCGUGAAAAUGAUCAUACAAAAUGAAGUGUCAUGAAUGAAAUAACGUUCUGUGGAAAAUACUGAAUAAUUUCGAAACUGGAACUUCUGAUAGAUAAAUCAAGUGUUAAUAUUUUAACGAAUUCAAUAAAAAAUAACAAACAGU